AUGGAUUACAGUGCUGAUGAAUAUGAAAAAACACUUGUUGAGAAGUAUCUUGAGAAGGCAGCAAGCUCAAGAAUUGAUGAGAUUGAGGAGAAGGUGAAGAGAUACAAGGAGAGUGGCGAUUUUGAAAAGACAAGUGCAUGCGAGGAGGAAAUCAAGCAGAUAAGGAGAAGCUUAGCAGCAGAAAAGCAGGUUAUAUCCGGCAUAGAAAGCAGGCAGGAAAGCUUAGAAGCAAAAGAAGUGUUUGAUUUUGAGUGGAAAGGCUGUUCUGAUGAUUCUGACGUCAAAUCAUUUGAGGAGAAGUGUAGGCAUGCAGUAGAAGUGUUCUGCAGGAAGCACGGGCUAUCCAGCAAUGCAUUUGAGGAGUAUGUUCAGAAGCAUUCUGAAGAGCACGAGGGAUUUGCUGUGCCAAACUUUCUGUGGGAAAGCCUGUUUGCGUAUCAGCAGGAGGGUGUGAAGUGGAUGUUAAACCUUUACAAGACUAGGAAAGGGGGGAUUCUUGCGGAUGACAUGGGCUUGGGAAAGACGUUCCAAGUAAUAGUGUUUUUGACGGCGUUGUUCAGGAAUGGAGCAGCUCGGAAGGCAUUGAUUGUGUGUCCUGCUACGAUUGCUUUGCAGUGGGUAUCUGAGUGGAAGAAGUUCUAUCCGUUUCUGAGAGUGUUUACUGGAAGAAUGAGUAGUGAGAAGAGUGGAGUAUGUGUGAUGUCGUACGAGAAGUUCAAAAUGACAGCAGGGAAUGAAGAAUGGGAUGUGCUGGUUCUGGAUGAGGGGCAUAGAAUAAAGAAUAAGAAUGCGCAGGUGAGUCUUGCAGCGAAGAAGGUGAAAUCUGGAUGUAGACUGAUUCUUUCUGGAACGCCGAUACAAAACAAUCUCAGCGAGCUGUGGUCGAUGUUUGACUUUGUGAAUCCUGGGCUUCUUGGAUCGCAUAGUGCAUUUAAUGAAGAGUUUGAAGAGGUGAUAAGCAAGGGAGGAUACAGGAAUGCAAGCAAUAGUCAGGUUGAGAGGGCAUACAAGCAUAGCCUGAUGUUAAGGUCUCUUAUUGAGCCGUAUAUACUGAGAAGAACAAAGGCUCAAGUAUCUCAUCGGUUGCCUUCAAAGCAGGACAAGAUUGUGUUUUGUUCGUUGACGCCUUUACAGACUGACUUGUACAGGAAGGUGCUUGGAUCAAAGCAUAUAAUGAAUGUUCUUACUGGGAAAGCGAAUCUUUUGAGUGGAAUUACGCUUUUGCGCAAGGUGUGCAACCAUCCUCAGCUGCUUUUUGCCAGUGGAAGUGCAGGGCAUCAUGGAAUGCAUGAGAAGAGGCAAGGUGAAUUGAAAGUAGAGAAUGCAGAGUUUGACUACGGCUAUGAGGAAGAGACAUUGGGUAUAAGUGUCUGCAAUGGAGAAGUUGGUGGAUGCGAGCUGGUUGAAUCGGCAUGCAAGAUGAAGAUUCUGGUUGAUUUUUUGAAGAAGUGGAAGAAGAGUGGAGAUAAGGUUCUGAUCUUUUCACAGACAAUACGGAUGUUGGAUAUUAUAGAGAGAUGCAUUGCAGGAUAUGCAUACAUGAGGAUGGAUGGGACGACGUCGACGCCAGACAGACGGAAUCUUGUUGAGCGGUUCAACAGUGAUGAGAGUAUUUUUAUAUUUCUGUUGACAACGCGAGUGGGAGGUCUUGGGUUGAAUCUUACUGGGGCAUCGAGGGUUGUGAUAUAUGAUCCGGAUUGGAAUCCAUCGACAGAUACGCAAGCAAAGGAAAGGGCAUGGAGAUAUGGGCAGAAGAAGGGUGUGGAGAUAUACAGGCUCGUGUGCAAGGAUACUAUUGAGGAGAAAGUGUAUCAGAAGCAAAUAUUCAAGGAUAUGCUUGGAAAGAAGGUGCUGAGUGAUCCGCGACUAAGCAGGUUUUUCAAUAAGUCGUGUGUUGAUGAUCUGUUUAGCUUUGAUGGUACGGAUGAGCUUAUUGAGAUCAAGAUGCAUGAGGAGCAUGGAGAAGAGUACGAGCCUGAAGGGGUACUGAAGGGGGUACGGGAAAAGGAUGGGGAAUUGUUUUUACGGAUGAAGUUUUUGAAUAGCAAGAAUGUUUUGAGCGGAAGAGAAAUGCUUGAGUACAUCCGUUUGCGAGAGGAGUCGAUGAGAUGA